CCCCUCUCGACGAGACGAAGCAAAGAUGCAGCGUGCUUCUAUUCUCGCUCGCCACGCCUCGGCCACCUCGGGUCGUCUUUCGAGGUCCAGCGUGUCGGCAGCUGUCUCUGCAGCCGGUGCACCCGCUGGUGCGCGAGGUCUCGCCACGGUCCAGGAUGCGCCCCAGAGAAAGUAUGGAGGUCUGAGGGACCAGGACCGCAUCUUCCAAAAUGCAUACAUGAGGCAUGACCACCUUCUCAAGGGUGCACUUGCCCGUGGUGACUGGUACCGAACGCGUGACAUCAUCGACAAAGGCCACGACUGGAUCAUCUCGCAGAUGAAGGCUUCUGGCCUGCGAGGCCGCGGUGGAGCAGGUUUCCCCUCUGGCCUCAAGUGGUCCUUCAUGCUCAAGCCCGGCUGGGAAAAGGACCCUCGGCCACGGUAUCUCGUCGUCAAUGCCGAUGAGGGUGAGCCAGGAACGUGCAAGGACCGAGAGAUCAUGCGUGGCGACCCGCACAAGCUAGUCGAGGGCUGCCUCGUCGCUGGACGAGCGAUGGGCGCCAACGCUGCCUACAUCUACAUUCGCGGAGAGUUCUACCUCGAGGCCGCCCACGUUCAGCAGGCCGUCAACGAGGCGUACAAGGAGGGCCUCAUUGGCAAGAAUGCCUGCGGCAGUGGCUACGACUUUGAUGUCUACGUUCACAAGGGAGCUGGUGCUUACAUCUGCGGCGAGGAGACGGCCCUUAUCGAAUCGCUCGAGGGAAAGCAGGGCAAGCCGAGACUCAAGCCCCCGUUCCCUGCCGACGUGGGCGUCUUCGGCUGCCCCACCACGGUGGCCAACGUCGAGACCGUCGCUGCGGCACCCACCAUCAUCCGUCGCGGCCCUGCUUGGUUCGCCGGCUUUGGCCGUGAGAAGAACCAGGGCACCAAGUUGUUUGCUAUCUCCGGCCACGUCAACAACCCUUGCGUCGUCGAAGAAGAGAUGAGCAUUCCCCUGCGCGAGCUCAUCGAGCGCCACUGCGGCGGUGUUCGCGGCGGCUGGGACAAUCUUCUGGGCAUCAUUCCCGGUGGCUCUUCGGUGCCGAUUCUCCCCAAGAACCGUUGCGAUGAUGUCCUGAUGGACUUUGACUCGCUCAAGGAUGCGCAGUCGUCGCUGGGAACGGGCGCCGUGAUUGUCAUGGACAAGUCGACGGACGUCAUCAAGGGCAUCUCGCGCUUUGCAAAGUUCUACGCCCACGAGUCGUGCGGCCAGUGCACACCCUGCCGAGAGGGAACGACGUGGAUGAAGAAGAUGAUGGCGCGGAUGGAAGAGGGCAGAGCGGACUGGCGAGAAAUCGACCAGCUCUGGGAGAUUACAAAGCAGGCAGAGGGCCACACGAUCUGCGCAUUGGCAGACGCUGCCGCCUGGCCGAUCCAGGGCCUGCUCCGGCACUUUAGGCCAGAGAUUGAAGAGAGGAUCGCACAAUACCAGGAAAAGCACGGGAAUGUCUUGUUUGGCGGCAAGCUUGCAAAGGACCAGCGACCCGACCUGGCCCUCCCGCCAAACCUUGCGGCGCCUACUCCAAGCAAGCAGCUGCAGUAAACGUCUUAAUUCUCUCUGUUCAAUCAGAUUCUUUUCCCGGUUUAUCUGUCUGUUGCAACGCUGGUCUGAGAGAGCUGUGACUUUCCUAUUUUGUUGCACAAAUGUAUUGAGUAGUGGAC